AGUACGGGGUGGCUCUUACUUUCCACAUUCAGCCAGAACCUCCGUGGAACCACCGCCAGUAAGGGUCAGGAAAAAUGACCACCGCCGGAUACUUUGUCGCUGUGUCCCUUCUGUGUCUCGCCUCCCCCGUCUCAGCUGCAGGGAACGAGUGGAGCUAUGAAGGGGAGCACGGACCGACUCACUGGCACGCGGUGUACCCGACCUGUGGGGGUGAGAAGCAGUCCCCCGUCCACAUCGAGACCCACAAGGUGUUCGUGGACCACAAACUGACAGAGUUUGAGAUGGACGGCUACGACCAGAUCAAAAAUCUCAACAUGAGCCUGACAAACAACGGACAUACGGUACAAGUGGACCUGGUCGGACUCCAGCCGCGCCUGAGGGGUGGGGGUCUGUCACAUGACUACCAGGCUGCCCAGUUCCACUUCCACUGGGGGGCCACGGACGACAGAGGGUCAGAGCACGCGCUCAACAACAAGCGCUACCCCAUGGAGAUGCAUAUCGUGCACCACUCCACCCGCUACACGGGGGUCAAGGACGCCAUGGAUAAGUCGGAGGGCCUCAAAGUCCUGGGGUUCUUCUUUGAGAUUGGCGAAGAAAAUGUAGAGUUUGAGAAAAUUAUUUCCCACUUCAAAGAAAUAGCCCACAAAGACGACCACGUCGAGAUCGAGGCAACCCCGCUCCGCUCCCUCCUGCCCGCCGACCUGAGCACGUACUACCGGUACCUGGGCAGUCUGACCACGCCCCCUUGCUACGAGACGGUCAUCUGGACAGUGUUCAAGGAGACCAUCAAGGUGUCCAAGCGGCAGCUUGAGAUCUUCCGACACGAAGUGAAGCAGAAUCUCCCAACCGAACCGGAUAUUGAGUUAACCGACGACUUCCGGCCUAUUCAGCCUCUCAACCACAGAAACAUUUACACCAGUAACAUUAACGGAAGAACCCAACAACUUCCGCCGGUGUCCAAUCCUCUCAACUCGGGAGCGGUGCUUAACGUCUCAAUAUUAUACGUACUCGUAUUAUUCUUAUUUGUUCAAUUUCUCUCAUGAAAUCCUGAUACACUGGUCCAGAUGUGAAAACGAUGUAUUUGUAUUUGAAGUAUACAGUCCAUACAUACUCUAAGAUAACUCUACGAUACAUUUUGUAACUCUUAUUGACCAUCUCUUAUUUGAAUCAACGAUAUGACGCAUAAGAAAGUGAAAACGAUAAAGAAACUGAUGUAGGUGAAUGUACACUUGUUUAGUUUGCCACCAUAAGUAAUACUUGUAUGCUUUGUUUAUCUGUUUAGAUAUCAGUAUAUACCACAUUGUAACAUUCAAUUUGUUGCACUGUACUGUUUUAAAAGCCGCUGUACGCGUUGCUACUGCAUGUACAGUUGUUGUUUGUACGCCGGACUCUCUAGUGUUGCUUGUCAUUGCUGGACCCACACACCGGGCGCUUCCACGUGAUCGACUUACCUGAACUAACUGUGAUAUCCCUUUGUGUAUGUUUGUAUCCCUGGAUACUCAUUAUUUUGUUUCUGUAAUAUCUUACUUCCCUUCUGUGACUCGAUACCAAUGCAAGAAUAAAGAGAAAAUGAUUAAAAUUAAAAAUAACCUUUUUAAAAGUUAUUAAACAAUUGAUGUGACAAAAUAUGAAACCAAAUAAAUAAUUGUAAACUCUG